CGCAUUCCUCUCCAAUAACUGAUUAUAAUGGAUCCUCACAGCAGAUUUAGGGGGCCUCAAGCGACUCCCAAACCUGUGUCUAGAGCCAGGGCCAUUUUUGGCCCCAAAACACCUUCUACAACCAGCAAACCAUACCCUCUCAGUUCUCACAACUCCAAUACCCACGACGUCCUUCCCCUUCCUCAAGGCCUUUCUCCCAAGGACGGGCACAGUUCAGUGAAGGUCAAAAUCAAGAGCUCGACUACACCAGAAGCCAGGUCGAGGGUCCUUGUGAAGCCUCUGGGUGCGAGAUUGCCUGGUGCGGGUCCUGGGACAACUCCGUCAAUCAAGCUAGUGACCAAACAACCGGAGCGCAAAGAGCCGGAGCCUUUUGUGGAUGAUUGGAUGAGUGCCCCUAUGGACGCGGAUUCUACAAUUCCUUCAUAUGACAAUUAUGAGGAGGAUCUUGCAGAAACCGAGGCUGUACAGGUGUCCAUCCGAGUACGGCCUCCAAAUUCUAUGGAGCUGAGAAUGGAUUCCAGAUGCGUAUGGACAAUGCCAGAGCACGAUCAACAUGCUCUCAAGUUGGCAAAAGGGACCGAGGGUAGUCGAGAGGACCGUGAUUGGCUGUUUGACCGGAUACUUCCGCCCCAUUGUGAUAAUGCCAAGACUUAUGGAACCUCAGCCAGGACACAUGUCCGAUCUGCUAUGGAGGGUUACAACGCCGUCAUUUUCGCUUAUGGUCAGACAGCUUCCGGUAAAACGCACACCCUUACUGGGUCUUCAUCGGAACCCGGUAUCAUUCCUCUAGCCAUUUCUGAUCUUUUUGCACAAAUCCGCUCCACACCCGAUAGAGAGUACCUCCUCCGAGCAUCUUACAUCGAACUUUACAACGAGACGAUCUUCGAUCUUCUCCACCCCAACCACGGCCAUGAGCUCCAUUUGAGUGAGACCAAGAAAGGAAUUACCAUUAAUGGGUUGACAGAGGCAACUGUGAGAACUGAAGAUGAGGUGCGAAGACUGUUGAGGUCGGGUGAGGAGAAGAGAAGAGUGGGUGCUACAGACUGGAACUCGAGGAGUUCGCGAAGUCAUUGCGUCUUCCGAAUUACAAUUGAGUCUCGUGCCAGGAGCUUGAGUGGGGAUGAGGUUCCAAAAACGCCUGGACGAAAUGAUAAAACUACUCGAAUCAGUACAUUGUCCAUCAUCGAUUUGGCUGGUUCGGAAAAACAUACUUCUUCCAAGGAGAGAAACGCUGAGGGUAAACAUAUCAACCAAUCUCUUUUGACCCUCAAGCUGGUCAUCUCGAAAUUAGCGGACUUGGCCUCUAAGCGAAACGUUACUCACGUUCCCUACAGGGAUAGCAAACUCACACGAUUACUCCAAAACUCAUUGUCUGGUGAUGCCCUCAUUUCCGUCAUCUGUACUGUAUCCCCUUCGGCUCUCAACCUUGCCGAAUCCAUUUCGACUUUGGCGUUUGCCCAGGGCCUUAAACGAGUUGUUCUCAAGGCUCAGAAAAAGGAGAUUGUGGAUCCUCACGCUUUAAUUCAACAGUACCAGAAUGAGAUUGCCGAGCUCAAAGCUCAGCUGAGGGCCAAGGAGGCUGGUGGGGGAACAAUUGGGUCGAAGAGCGAGAAGGAAAAGAACGAAGCUAUGGAAAAAAGAUUAAACGAGCUGAGGAGUAUGAUCUUAACCUCUGUAAAUGUCAAAUCACCCAAUCCUGGAGAUCAGGCCUAUAUGCCUCCCCCAAGCCCCGCUAAGAUGAAGUACCCCAAGCUUGAUUACGACCGAUCCACUGCCGAACUACAAGAAGAGCUUCACGCCGAACAACUCUGUCGAGCCGAACUGGAAGAUGAAGUUGCCCGUCUCCGUGCAGAACUAGCUACUAGACCAUUAGAACCUAAUGCCCAGAUCAUCCAACUAAGAAAUGAAAAUAGCGAGUUGAAACUCAUCGCUGAUGAUUACGAGCGACAUCUUCGAGAACCAUCUCGAAAGGUGCGUGAAGACGUAGAGAAGGAGUACAUUGGCAAAAUGAAGACUUUAGAAAAUCAAUUGGAUAGCAAGAAGAUUUGGGCGCACAGGUUGGACGAGAACGUCAGGUUUUUGACGGCCGAGAACAAACAAUUGCAAGCGCGAUGCGCCGAUGCGGAAGCCAAGGUCUCUCAGAUCAUUGAAUGGAUCAAUACUGCACUCGCACCAGCUGACGCCCAAUCUCGAUCGUCACUCGACCUUUCUACAAAUUCCAGUCAACCCUUGGGCUCUCUUGUUGUAUCCAACGACGAUUUUGCACCCUCUCCUUCUAAUCAAGUAAAAAACACGCUUACCCUCUCCGCAUCCAAGAUGCGAGCGACUUUCAGUCAAAUGGAUCUCGCAGAUUUCAAUAAUAAAUUUGGGAGCCUGACGACGAAUGGACGAGGAAAGGGUGUAAGUGGGUUGGGGAGUGACAUGGUGAGGGAGGAAAGUCAUUUCGAUUUGGCGGAGGUGGCGAGUGACGACGACGAGAUGUUUUGAUGGGUAAAACCCCAUGGACCGGUUUUCGAUGAUGCUUUUGUGUAAAGGAAUGUUCGUUCGGGCGGCAUAGGCUGCGUAGUACCAAUCUGUCUUCUUUCUCCUUGCCAUUCAUAUAGUGUGCGCCUUGUAUGAUACGAUGCAACUAUGCCA